AUGCUGAUGGUAGAAGUACCAUUGAUCUUGGGGCUGUACGGAUUCGCUUCGGGGCAAGACCUGACUUUCGUGGAGGAUGUUAAAGUGCUGAGCGAGCUCCCGAUGGAGAGGUUGCUGUUUCUGAAGAAAGGAUACGUUUUGGGGAAGGACGAGGAUUGCGCGAAUUGCACCGAGGACGCGGAUGGUUUGGAAUCGAGGACUCUACCGCAAGCCCUGGCUCUUCAGGUGAAAACGAACCUGAAAGACCGCGGUGGCGGUCACUACUACUACGAAGACGACCACGAGAAGAACUCCAAGAAGAACAAAAUCCAGACCAUCUUCCAGCUGUCGGUCACCUCGUUGGCCUUCCUGGCCUUCGGCGGGUACUUGCUGUGCUUGCUCAUUCACGCCAUCAAAGGCAAGCAGAACAACAACGUGAUGACGAACGCGGCGAUGAUAAAAACCUUCGCCACCUACGUGGCCACCAAAAUUCGCGACGUGAAGAAGAAGAAGACGCCGAAUCCCAGGAACAAGCGCAAGAAGAACUUGAAGUUGCAAAAAAGGCCCAGUGCUAGUAACCAGAAAAGACCUAAUAGAACCGCGAAUAAAGUGAACAAGAACCAGCAACAGAAAAGACCGAGGCCGAUAAAAGAUUCUUACAUUUACGCGGAAAUUCCCAGGCCGAUUAAUAUUAGAUACAAGAGGGAUGAAGGUGAAUAUACUGCUGGUGGUUAUUUGAUGACAGACGAAACUCUCUACAAUGCCCUAGUUGAUUUAUCGGAGGUUUAUAGUAAAUUUAAUACGUUAGAUUACGUGCGAUAUAAUAAAACUAGAUAUUGAAUUAAAUAAAUGAAGAUUUAGGCAAGCUUGUUAUGAUGGAGGUAAAUGAUUUGUCAA